AUGUCGAAGGAUAUUAUUAUCCUCGUUCCUAAUGGAAGGAGAAUGAAAGUUCAUUGCACACCAGAUACAAGCUUUUUGCAGGUUUUGGAAGAUGUUUGUGAGAAACAUGGGUAUCAGCCAAAUGAAUAUAAUUUAAAACACCAUAACAUAAUUGUGGAUUUGACCAGCACAAUAAGGUUUUGUAAUAUACCCAAUAAAGCUAUAUUGGAAAUGGUUGAAGCUGUAAGAAAACGGGUUGAAAGUAAUGUUACUGUUGGACUCUUAUUAGAUGAUGGAGAAAGAAGAACUGCAGAAUUCAGCCCGCACACAUCACUUUAUGAUCUAAUUAUAUCUCUAGCCGCAAAUGAGUUACCUACUAUGAAGAAUCCAACAAUUAUGUAUAUGCGGCAGGAAGUUAUAGGUAUUUUGGCAUUAAAGGAAAAAUCACUAAGGCAAUUAGGCUUAAUAACAGGAAGAGCAAUUUUAAGGCUCAUGGAUAAAACUGAAACUGAGCAAGCUAAUGUGUCAGCAGUGUAUCGAGCAAAACCUAAAGAAGAAUUGUUAGAAAUAAAGGAAACUAAACUUGCCAAAUCUGAAAAAUCUAAUCCUGAUGUUAAUGAAAUAAACAGUUUACAGUCUACUCCAGAUGAUGGUGAUAUUAAGAAAUCUGUUCAGAAACAAGAUGACACUAAAAAAUUUGACCCAAUAAAAUUGAUUAAAAAUGAAAUAAAUAAAGAACAGCAGAAGACAGAACCUACAACUAGUUUUAACAUUAAAACAAAUAUUGAUAAUGACACAGAUUCAAAGGCUUCUGAUCAACCUAUGACUUCCAAGCAUUUUGAACAAAAAAAUGCAAACUCUUUGGAAGCACAGGAAACUUUAGAAAGGCGUCUCAGGAUAGAGGAAGAAGUCAACUUUCUAGGAUCACAGAAGGCAAUUGCUUUUAUGCAGCCAGAAGAAAUUGAAGAUGAAUUAUCAGACCUCCCAGAUGACUUUUAUGAAUUAAGUAUUGAGGAAGUAAGAAAAAUUUACCAUGAUUUACAACAAAAAUGUAUGGAGUAUGAAGAAACACCUCUAUUAACAAGUAAUAAACGAGAUCAACUUGAAAAAGAGGUGUCUCAACAGAAAUUAAAUACAUAUAAAAAUGUUGUUGUACGAAUACAGUUUCCAGACAAUAUGAUACUGCAGGGUGUUUUUAGUCCAAUGGAUACAGUAGAAAAUAUUAAUAAUUUUGUUAAAGAACACAUUCACGAUCCUAAUCAACCAUUUCAAAUUUUUACUACGCCACUUAAAGAAACGUUGGACCCUAAAACGACUUUGUUAGAUGCAAAAUUCGUGCCGUGUGUUCAUAUGCAUUUUAGGUGGCUAGAACAUUCAAACUCUAAUGGAUAUUUAAAAGACGAAAUUUACCUGAAACAAACAUCCAGUGAUGCAGCCAGUAUUCUAGCAUCAAAAUACAGAGCUCCAACAAGGAGGAAAUUAGAAGAAACUCAAGAGAACUCAAAAAACGCACAAUCCAGAUCCUCAACAUCUAAAGAAAGCAAAUUGCCAAAAUGGUUUAAGAAAUAA